UGGCUGCUAUUGGCGUAUGUAGCGUGUGUGUGUGCGCGCCUUGGAUAGAGAGGUUAAUAUACCGUCCUGUUCAAGCGCGGGCGUUGUGAUUGUGGUAGGUUUUUGUAGCUGUAAAUCCCAUUUAGUGCGAGAAAUGGAGGACGAUAUGCACAGAGCAGAUCUCGAAGCUUUCUCGCUGAUGUGUGACGAAGUAGUAAAAUCAGCAAAGCAACGUCAGAUGGGUACUGCAAUAGUGGAGGCGAGGAAUGAGCACCAGUGCAAACAAGCCGAAUAUCGCAAGAUGCUUGUGAAGGCCGAGAAUCUGACGUCUGAAAUAGAGAGGAUCAGAAAAGAGAGAACAGCUAUUACGGAAGAGAAGAAGAAGCGAGACUACGAAAACAUGAACCUGCAUGAGGAUCUUAACAAGCUUAAGCUCGAAGAUCGCAACGUUGUCGAGACGCUACAAUCCGCAAAAGAAGAGGGAGGAUACAGGGCCACAAGCCAUCUACUUUCCCAGUGCAUGAGCAUAAAAUUGAAGAAAUGCAAAGAAAAAGAGCUGCUGGGAGUUGUUGUAAAGGACAGCGGAAUAUCAACACUGCGGCUGGACUUGUCAGAAAAGAACCCUGUCGUGGUUGCAAGGUAUUUGUGGGAAGAGGCAUCGUGACUCCCAUGAAUCCUCCAAUGUUCUUAUCCAUAUUUCUUAUCUUGUAUUGUACAUAUUCUUAUAUUAUAUUAUUGAAAUGUAUUCGCCAACACACUUCAUACUCAGAAAGGCAUUUGUUUGUGUAAGGUAAUUGAUUUGUGGGAAGAGGCAUCUUGACUCCCAUGAAUCUUCCAAUUUUUAAAUAUAUUCUUAUUCGUAUUU